UGAGUACUUUCAUGGAGCUUUUAUGAAGGAAGAGAAGAGGAAGAGAGAGAGAGAGAGAGAAUGGCGGACUUGAGCAGUGAGGAGAACGCAUCGUCAAAGAGCACUAGCCUUCUCCUCCAAAUCGUCGAACACCCUGACGGAUCCGUCUCCCGUCCCUUCGUCCCGAUCUCUGCGCCCUCAGACGACCGGCCGGACGCCGCCGUCCUCUCCAAGGACGUCCCUCUAAAUCCCACACACGACACAUGGCUCCGGAUUUACCGCCCCACCGUCGUCCAUCAUACCACGAAGCUCCCCAUAGUCAUCUACUUCCAUGGCGGCGGCUUCGUCGUCUUCAGCGCCGCUUCCACCUUCUACCACGGCUUAUGCGAGGCCAUGACCGGUGCGAUUUCGGCUUUAGUCGUGUCGCUUGAGUACCGCCUCGCCCCGGAGCACCGCCUCCCUGCGGCGUACGAGGACGCCGUGGAGACGGUGCUGUGGAUCCAAUCUCAAGCUCGAGAUCCGGCAGCGGGAGAGCCGUGGCUGGUACACCAUGGGGAUUUCUCCCGCUGCUUUCUCAUGGGCAGCAGCUCCGGGGCGAACAUGGCGUACCACGCCGGACUUCUCGCUACGGCCCUGGAGCUGCUGCCCCUGAGGCUGCUGGGGUUAAUCCUCAACCAGCCUUACUUCGGCGGGGUGGAGAGGACCCCAUCGGAGAUCAGAUCGGAGGACGACCCCAUUCUCCCGCUCCAGGCCAACGACACGCUGUGGCGCCUGGCGCUGCCGAAAGGCGCCGAAAGAGACCACGAGUUCUGCAACCCCGUGGUGGCAGUUCCACCGGAGCUGAGGCAUCUGCCGAGGUGCUUGGUGAAGGGCUGCGAAGGGGAUCCGCUGGUGGAUCGACAGCGGGAGUUUGUAAGGAUGCUGCAGAGGGAAGGAGCGAGCGUGGUGGCUCGGGUGGACGAAGGAGGGUUCCACAGCGUCGAGCUCUUGGAUCCGAUCAGGGCAGAGUCCCUAUUCGCGGAAGUCCGGCGGUUCAUUCGCAAUGAUCUCUGAGAAGAAGAACAACACGUACGUGCCAUCCUCAUUACUUCUCCAUGCAUGUCCGAUUUAACGUGAACUUCCUCUGUUGUGUAAACCCAUUACAUUCUGCGAUUGUGAACUGUUGAGAUGUCGUCAAUAAAUACUAUAAAUCUACUAAGAGUUCAUCCGAACAACAAA